AUGGGACUGGAUUUGGACAACAUAAUCCCCAGGACGAGGAGGACAUUGAUUCUCUCAUACAACACCAUCACCAGAUGCAGGAACGACUUGCUGAUGAAAUGCUGAUGUUGACAAGGAAUCUGAAAGACAGUGUGAGAGACUCUGGUAGAAUAGUGAAGGAGGAUAGCAAGAAAGUGAUGGAAACGACCAAGCUGGCCGACGUGAACUAUAACAAGCUAGCCGCGGUCAGUGAGAAGGUGGAGAAACACACGAAGGGCUGUGACUGGUGUAUGUGGGUUAUGCUGGCUGUCGUUAUCAUGAUGUUUUUAUUUAUGAUCAUGUUCAUCAGACUUUUCCCUAAGAAACAUUACAUCUAUGACGAGGAUUUAUGAUUAAAGAUUUGUGUAACGUAAUACAGUACGGGAGUUGUUGUACGAAAGACGUUUGUGAGUUAUUUAUAGAAUAGUGUUUGGUUUUGUGGAAUUAUAUUAUACUAUAAAUGUAGUUAUAUGUUAACAGCUCUGGUGCCCUAAAAACACCCCCAUAAAAUAUACCUCUCUGGAGGAAUAUUUAAUGAUUGAAAUUUAUAAAUCAGAACAUUGAUCCCUUACUGAUAGGAGUGACCAUGAGUUAAUGCAUGGGUUCUUUCUUCGUGUAUCAAUCUGUUAUUGUUUUGAUAAAAAAUGUCUUCCUAUGCUGGAAUCCUCUUCUUCUUCCAAUAAUCUGCAUACCACCUCUGGUGUAUUGCCGCAGAUGAAUAAAGGUGCUGCAUUAAUAUUCCAGUGAAAAUAAAUUUUAUAACAUUUCUACUGCCAUUAGUUUUACUAUAUGAUGAUAGGGUUUACUGCUAAAAUAAUCACAUUUAUAGUACAAUAUAGGUAUAGGUUUUAGAAGUAUGCAAGGAUGAAAUAGGUGUGUGCUACUUGAGAAUUAUGGUAGCUGUAUGUAUAAUUUGUUUAAAAUUCAGUGACUGUACAGGGCAUGUUAUAUUUAUAUAAAAGUAAAGAUUUUAACAUGCUACAAAUGUUACAUAUAACAGUAAUAUAAAAUUUAAUUAUUAGAGGUUUCUUAAAUUUUCAAUAAAGAUCAAGAUUUGCUGGGUGUCCUUCUAAAUUCAGUAAACACAGAAAACCAAUAGUGAGUGGGAACCUUUUCCUCCUAUAUUAUUCAAAUUAUAUUCAAAAAGUCUGUUUAUACAUAACUCCAGUUUCCAUCCAAGAGAAGAUUGCAAAGAAACCAAUCACUACCAUUACAAAUAUAAAUAGUACAGUAGGACGUGUAAAGCAAAAUGGGACUUGUCAUGUAUUGUGCCUAGAAUUCUUACAGCUUCAGUAGACUAACUAAAUUAUUGUGCCUCAGAAAUUACAAAUUAGCUGUAUUUUUACAACAGCAAUAACAGUAUAUAUCUAUAGACAGUAUUUUACCAGUGGUAAGCCCAGGAGGUCAUCCUUACAUAGUGGGUAGUUCUGGACCUUACCAAUCCCAGGAAGAUGGUCCUCCAUUAUCCUUGGUUUAUAGUCCUUAGAGACAGUUUUGGUUUCCAGGCUAUUCCUUAACUUGAAUCCUGUAUCCAAGAGGGGUUGAUUGCCAGACAUUACCUUCAUGUAUAAAACCUUUCAAAAACAAGAUUGGCUUAACUGUGAACCAGAACUUAUUACUGGUAAAUGGUUUCAUAAAAGUAUGUCCUCCCUCAUGUGAUGAUGAGGUGCCAGCAUGAAUCUCCUCCUUGUUUAUCGGUGUAAUUGGAUCUGUUAUUCAUUGACAUACAUAACAUGUACAAAUCAUCAAGUGUGUGAACAUUGUAUUUUUGACCUUUUUGUUUUGUGAUUCAUAAUAUGACUCUGCAUGGUUGAUUGUCUGGAAAAUAAUCAAUGCAUAGUUCACAAAUUAAGUAAUUUUUAUUUCUCCCAGACAUCUAAAACUAUUUAGAUCACUUAAUUAUGAAUAAUGUAUGCCCUCUCUGUCUUCAAAAUGAUAUCAGAAUAAAUUUCUGAUGAACAAGUUGAUCUUUUUAACUGACACAUCAGGCAAAUUUGUCAGUUGUGGUACAAUUUUUUAAUGGUUGAAGCCAGAGGUUCUAGAUACCCAAGUUCAAAAAGUAAUAUGUGUAGCAAUGUGUUAAACAUUUCAUGACUUUUAACAUUAUAUUUUUGAUUGAAAGAAUAAAAAUUGGAUUUUUACGUAAAUCAUUGAGGGAGGACCAACGUUGAUUGGUGUAUUGUAAAAUGUGUAUUUAAGUGUCUGAUGUACAUCCCUGUUUUAGUUGGUUUAAACCAUAUUUUAUUCGUGUCAAUUAACA